CGAAGGCUCGUGGGAGUCGCGGGGGACAGUGGCGGUGUUCGUGUUGCCAUGGCGAUGGGGAGGCUGCUACUGCACGCGGGGCCGCGUGUGCUGCGGGAGCGCCGGGGGCGGAUAUCACACUGCUUGAUCAGAAGAACUUUUUUUGGAUAUCCCCUAACUAAAGCAGGUUCUGGUCUGGUCCAGCAGACUAAAGGUGUCUUUUUGAGGUUCUGCAGACCACAAAGUUCUACAACAGCUGCUGAUGCAACUGGAGAAGAUACCUUACUCAAAUGGGGUCUUCUCCUGGUCCCUCUGUCUGCAUUCUGUCUCGGCACAUGGCAGGUUCAGCGACGAAAGUGGAAAUUAGAUUUGAUUGCACAACUGGCGUCAAGAAUUACAUCAGAGCCCAUCCCUCUGACAUUAGACCCCAUGGAAUUGAAGGAGUUGGAGUACAGACCUGUAAAGGUCCGGGGCCAUUUUGACCACUCCAAGGAGCUCUAUAUUUUGCCACGGUCACUUGUAGAACCUGAGCAAGAGGCCAAAGCAGCCACACGGCUUAUGUCCCACCCAGAGAAUGGUGCAAAUGUCAUUACUCCUUUCUACUGCACAGACCUGGGGGUCACGAUCUUAGUCAACCGAGGAUUUGUGCCCAAAAAGAAAUUGAAACCGGAGACCAGGCUGAAGGGACAGAUUGAAGAUGAAAUUGAUCUCACUGGCGUAGUGAGAUUAUCAGAAACCCGAAAACCUUUUGUGCCUGAAAACAACAUCGAGAAAAACCGCUGGCACUACCGGGACCUGCAGGCUAUGGCAGAGGUGACAGGUGCUGAGCCCAUCUUUCUCGAUGCCGACUUCACAAGGACAGCUCUGCAUGAUGCAGAUAUAGGUUUAACUCCUAUUGUACUUGCAGGAAGCACAGUUCCUGGAGGGCCCAUUGGAGGCCAGACACGAGUGAGCCUGAGAAACGAGCACAUGCAGUACAUCAUCACCUGGUACGGCUUAUGUGCUACAACUGCAUUCCUGUGGUACAGAAAAUUUGUACAGAAGAUACCUCUAUGAGGGGAAGAGCAAGUCUCUUCUGUACUGCAGUCAAGAGCAGACUUUUCUGGAAGAUAGCAGCCCGAUCAGUCCUGAGGAACUGCAGCACAGUUUUAGGGCAACAUGUGCAGUAAAGGUGCACAGCUAUCAAGCUGCAAAUAGACUUUAAGUAACAGAUGCUGACUCUUAAGCUCCUGCCAGCAUUAUUUAGCUGCAGCUUGGAAGCACUGAAUUUGAAAGUGUCAGUUGAGACUUCAGGGAAGCUGGCUUACACAUUAAUCUUAAGGAUACGUUUCUUUUGUGGCUGGUGGUAAGCUCCAACAUUUUAACUUCUCCA